AUGGCAGCUCGUCUGAGUCUGCGGCAGUCACAGCGAUGGGGACGGUCCACCCGGCCCUCGAUCACCCUCACAGUAGCGGGUCGCUAUGCGCUCAUCCAGUCUAGGGGAUUCGCGACACAGCAAGAUCCCUAUGAUGUCGUCGUCAUUGGGGGCGGUCCUGGUGGCUACGUCGCCGCGAUCAAGGCAGGCCAACUAGGUCUCAAGACCGCUUGCAUAGAAAAGCGAGGCGCGUUAGGCGGAACCUGCCUCAACGUAGGCUGCAUCCCAUCGAAAUCGAUGUUGAAUAACUCGCAUAUCUACCAUCAGACGAUGCACGAUCUCAAAAAGCGCGGCAUUGAUGUCGGCGACGUUAAGCUCAAUCUGGGGCAGAUGCUCAAGGCAAAGGAUGGAUCCGUCAAAGCGUUGACAGGCGGUGUAGAGGGCUUGUUCAAGAAGAACAAGGUAGACUACAUCAAAGGCACUGCCUCUUUCCAUUCGCCCACAGAGCUCGAUGUCAGUCUCAACGAUGGAGGCGAGACGCGCAUCUCUGCAAAGAACGUCAUCAUCGCCACCGGAUCAGAAGUCACACCCUUUCCGGGUAUCGAGGUCGACGAGAAGCGCGUCGUCUCGUCUACCGGUGCACUCGAUCUGCAAGAAGUACCAAAGAAGAUGCUCGUCAUCGGCGGCGGUAUCAUCGGACUCGAGCUAGGCAGUGUUUGGAAUCGACUGGGCUCCGAAGUGACCGUCGUCGAAUUUCAAGGCAACAUUGGCGGACAGGGUCUCGACGGUGCUACUGCAAAGGCGUUCCAGAAGAUCCUCGGCAAGCAGGGUUUGAAGUACAAGCUCAAUACCAAAGUGCUUGGGAUAGAGAAGACAGACGACAAGCUCACGCUCAAUGUCGAAGCUGCAAAGGGUGGCAAGAAGGAGCAACUCGACGCUGAUGUCGUCCUCGUAGCAAUCGGCAGACGGCCAUAUACCACUGGACUCAACCUAGACAAGAUCGGUGUCGAGCUCGAUGACAAGGGCAGAAUUGUCGUCAACAACAAGUACGACACGAGUGUAACGAACAUCAAGUGCAUCGGCGAUUGCACUUUCGGUCCUAUGCUCGCCCACAAGGCAGAAGAAGAAGGCAUUGCCUGUGUCGAGUAUAUCCACUCUGGUCAUGGUCAUGUCAACUAUGGUGCCAUUCCUUCAGUCGUCUACACUCAUCCCGAAGUUGCAUGGGUGGGCAAGAACGAAGAGGAGCUCAAAGCAGAGGGCAUCGACUACAAGACCGGCUCGUAUCCUUUCCUGGCCAACUCGCGAGCAAAAACAGCAGACGACACUGACGGCUUUGUCAAGUUCCUUGUCGAGAAGGAGACUGACAAGAUUCUCGGAGUGCACAUCAUCGGACCCAAUGCGGGCGAGAUGAUCGCUUCAGCCGUGCUUGCUCUCGAGUACAGCGCCAGUGCAGAAGAUAUCGCACGGACAAGUCACGCUCACCCGACGCUCAGCGAGGCUUUCAAGGAAGCCGCAAUGGCAAGCUAUGGCAAAGCGAUCAACUUUUGAGUGGUCUGCAAGUCCUCCAGCUUGUACCAUCAAUGUAGUCCAUCCUUGUGAUCU